GAGCUAUAAAACUGUGUGCCAAUCGUUGCAAAAGACACAGUUUGUCAUCUGAAACCAAAGCGAAAAAAAUAUUCAAAUCUCAGCAUGUUUGCCAAAGUGAUCUUCUUCGCCGUUCUGGCCAUCGCCUGUGUAGCCGCGAAGCCGUUCGCUCCGCUAGCCUACUCGGCAGCACCGUUCGUAGCGGCACCAGCAGUGGCCGCCGCCUAUUCUGCUCCACUAGCCUACUCAGCAGCUUACACAGCCGCCAGUCCGUAUGCCGCCUUCGCUGCCUAUCCGUAUGCCGCUGGCUACGCAUACUCAGCUCUCCCCUACACUUCACUGGUGAUCUGAAGUAAACUGGAUGAGCAUCAGCGAGCAAACCACUCUCUUCCCCCAGGAGGAGCAUCCGUCGUUACCUUCCAAAUGAUCUCGUAAGCCUGAUUUUCGUGUUCUGUUUUUUCUGUCCCAAAAAAGUUCUCGGUUUUGUGACUGCGGUCUAGGAUCGAUCUGGUUAAACAAAAGAAUAAAUUUACAUAA